CCGCAUUCACAAGUUUUCACACAGCAGCACACACGCACGCACGCGUGUGCAACGAACCAACCAAGAUGGUAAGCCUCGUUCUUCUUCCUGCUCUCGUUCUUCUUCCCCUCUCCCUGUCCUCUCCCCCCUUCCUUCCUCUGUCCAAACUGUGCAUUCGAGCAUGUCUGUCUUUGGCGGUAUCCCCACGCCCUGACAUGUUAAGCAUAUCAGUGAAAUCAACCCACAAUGGAGCGAUCUCCAGUGUUGCCAGCCCUCUUUUCUUCCCGUGCUGUCAGCGCAUCGAACCCGCCCCACACUCUUCGUUGUUGUGUUGUGUGCAACAAGCGUAACUUUCUUCUCUCUCUUUUUUUGUGCGUUGUUGGUUGUAUUUUUGUUCCCUGCUGACUCACCACUGUCAGUGCCUUUCCUUUUGCCCUUCCACCCCGCUUUCAUUUCAUUCCACUCUCGCACACGCCCCACCUUGCACUGAUUCACCCUCGAUCGUCGCCACACCCACUCACACGCACGCACCCCUUCCCUUCCCCUCCCUUCCCCACCUCUCUCUGUGCUCACUCACCAAUUGAACAGAAUGCCAACAGCACCGUGUGCAGCGUGCAAGGACACGGUUCCGCGUGUCGAUUUCACGCACCCAAACCUACGGGAUGAGGUGACCCGGCACCUCCGGUCAGACGGCGUUGUGGUGGUGGAGAAUGUCCUUUCUGCCGCCGAAUGCGACGCCACCAUGGAGCACCUCUUCGACUCCUUCCAUGCCCUGUGCCCGGCCGUCACGCGCGACCCGGAAUCGUGGCAGCGCGGCAACCUGCCGUCCGGCCCUCCCACCGUUGGCAUGUACCACAGCCUGGUGGCCCAGUUCCCCAUUGUCUGGCGCAUCCGCAGCGACGACCGCGUGCGCGCCGUCUUCCAGCACGCCUACAGCGGCCUGCGCGGGCGCGAGAUCACCCGCUUCGUCACCAGCUGCGACGGCAUCAACGUCAAGCCGCCCACCGCCCCCUUUCACAACCCAGACCGCGACUGGGCCCACGUCGACCAAACCCACGACAUUGACAACAUCUCCAAGUGCAUCCAGGGCCAGGUCGUGCUCACCAACACCACCGCCGCCUUCCGCUGCUCCCCAAAGUCCCACACCCACAUGCAGGAGUUUCUUGACGCGGAGCGUGCGGGCGGCCGCAAGGUCGUCGGCGACUUUCACCUCUUCACCCGCCAGACCCUGGAUGACAUCAAGACGCGCGUGUGCGACGAGGGCGGCGCGUUUCAGACGUGCGUCCACACCAACAAGGGCAGCCUCAUCCUCUGGCUCUCCUCCCUCGUGCACUCUGCCAAGGGCCAGGACGAGGGCGCGCCCAUUGACCGCAGUGACCCCUGGUCGCAGUGGCGCGGCGUCGUGUAUGUCUGCCACCGCCCACGCGAGGACGUCACGCACGAGCACACCGAGGUGCUGGAGAAGGCGUUUGAGACAAACCGGGUCACCCCGCAUUGGGGCUCUUCCUUGUUCUCGCUGCCCGUUCGCCGCAGCACGAGCGAGGACACGGCGCUGCUGGCGCGCGUCUCGGAAAACCCCAAAGAGGCCUACGACAUUGAGCAGCUGCGCCCGACGCGCACGCCUCGCAUCAACGCCCUCUUGCUUGGCGAGGAGUGGCCCACCGACACCAGCGAUCCCGACCUCGCACAGCCGCCCAUCACGCACGACACACUUGUCCACUGACCGAUGAUUGCCUUCCUUGUAUGAGUGUGUAUGAGUGCGUAUGAGUGUGUGUGUGUGUGCGCGCGUGUGUGAGUUCUUUGCUGACCCUUUUGCUUAUUGCUGUACUUGCUCUGCCCCUUGCUUUUUGAAUUUCAUCCUUUCUCCCUAAUCUCCCCUGCGUGCUUGCAUGUGUGUGUGCGUGUUCUUGUUGUUGUUGCUGUUGGGCAACUCUUUUGUUAGCUCUUGCUCUGCCUCUUGCUGUUGUCCAACCUUUGUUCCAUUCGCGUUACCUCGCUUCCCUGUGUCAAUGUCAUGCGUGUGUUCAUGCUUGGCUUGGCCCCUUGUGUUGAUUGCGCCCACUUGCCCCCACUUGCUUUGCCCCUGCCUUUCUUUCGUGCUUUCUUCCGCCCUCACUGCUUCCUUGCAUGUGUGGUGUCAAUUUCAUUUCGUUACCUCUUGUUUUCACAGUGUCUGAGUCACAUAAACAAGCACGCACCAAGCACCAAGUCCAGC